AUGAGUGGCAUCCUCUACCCAACCUAUGGUUGUAGGAGUGCCAAACAAAAUCUGUUGAUAAAGUUUUCAAAAUCAUCAGACACAAAUGCUACAUCACUAGGACAUGAAAUUGGAAAUGUCAUUUUUGUGGGGGACAAUUCUGCAAAUGGAGAAAUCUCCAUCAAUCCUACAGACAACACAAUCAAUAAUGUGAAUGGCGAUAAGGAUUCAGGUGUUUCCUCUAGGAUCACAAAACCUGAUGUCAUGGGUGAUUUCUGCAUUGGCAAGCCGAGUAGGGGUACUAGAAGUUCUUUCGAGAACAAUGGCCCUGAGAUGCUGAAUGAUGUUGAUGUUCUAUCUGAAACACGCGCGAACAUAUCCAACACCAAUAGCAUAAAUGCUACAUCUCUCGAACGUGGAAAAGGAAAAGUCAUUUCUAUUGGGGACAACUCUGGAAAGGGAAAAAACCUCGUGAAUCAUGAUAAGUUUAUCGGUGUUGACUCGAAGAAGAAAGUACAAAACACUUUCCCUUCCAAUGUAAGAAGUUUAUUGUCAAGUGGUUUACUUGAUGGAGUGCCCGUAAAGUAUAUCUCAAUGUCCUCGGAUAAAUCUCUUAUAGGAGUUAUUAAAGGGAAUGGUUACCUAUGUAGCUGCGAUAACUGCAAGUCAUCGGAGAAGAAGAUUCUUCUAAGUGCUAUGGAAUUCGAGAGGCAUGCUGGUUGCAAGAGCAACCAUGCUAACAAUCAUAUUUUUUUUGAUAGCGGAAUCACAAUUCUUGCUGUUGUUCAAAAGUUGAAGAAGACUCCCACGGAAAUGAUCUUUGAAGUAAUUCAAUGGUGA